AAAAAUUCGUUAUAUUUUUUAUGGCUUCCCAACAAGGGGAGGAAUUUGGAGAACGGCGACCGCUAGCGGCUAGGGGAUGCUUGAUUUUGUACGGCCGCUUCGCGCCUGCGCGCGUAGUUCGCGCCACUGCUACGUUGCUUGCAAGCCAGAUGUUCUGAAAAGCUUCCUGUAGUCGUUAAACAGCUCUGCAUUUUUACUAAAAAAGUAGAAAAUGCGGACUAGUUUUAGUUUUAUAUUAUUUAAUUUUUGUGAAGUAUUAUGUGCGGAGAUUAAUAUUAUGUGAUUUGUAACUCGUAACGUUAAUACUAAAGUUAUCGAGCGUCUCGAUGUCCACGAGUUCACUCGAAACCAACAAAGCGGCGGACAUUUUAUUUUGAGUACUCGAUAAUGUAGCGUUUGCGUCGAAAAAAUUAAAUGUCGUUUUAUGGUUCUGUAUUCGGAUAUCGUGCGCUUACACCUUUCCGAUGCCGAGGGGGGUGAAGCGAGGGCAGGCGGAGGGAGAAGCCGAAGUGGUGGUCCGCGUCGGAGCGUCUCCAUCGCAAACCACACUCCUCGACGAUAGCCCCAGCCAGCCCAUAAGCUACCACCUUCUCGACCAUGGCUACGGAGCUACGCCGCAGCACCAGAUCCGGCGGGAGGCUCCAACUGCACCGCCGAAGACUUCGGAAGCGGUGAAAAGAAGACUGAAUCUGAGCGAGAGCAGCUCAGGUAGCCAGGGCCAUGUGGUGCCGAUGAAGGCGGACUUCAAAACGCCGAAGCAGAAGCGCGUCAAAGUGCUCACGCCGUACAGCCGACCGUCCAGUUCUAUGAAAAAAUACACAGAACGCUCCAGGUUUGAUACAUCACUCGGUCUCCUGACCAAAAAGUUUGUAGCCCUCCUCAAAUCCUCACAAAAUGGAGUGUUGGACUUGAACCUAGCAGCGGAGCGCCUCUCAGUACAAAAACGACGUAUAUACGAUAUCACUAAUGUUCUAGAAGGAAUCGGCAUACUAGAGAAGAGGUCCAAGAACAAUAUACAAUGGAAAUGCGGUGUGGACGGCGGUGGUUGCGGCGAGGAGGGGCGCGCGCGGCGGCUGCGGCGCGAGGUGCGCGCGCUGACAGAGCGAGAGGCUCAGGUGGGUCGCGCACUGACGGCGGCCGAGCACGCGCUAGCCCGGCUGUCGGCGGAGCACGGCGCGCGCGCAUACAUCACGUACGCCGACCUGCGCAGCAUACGCGACUUCCGAAACCAGACCGUCAUACCCAUCAAAGCGCCGCCCGACACCAGGCUCAGUGUACCCCAUCCCGACGAGAAAGGGUACACGAUACAUUUGAAAUCCAUGUCGGGUGAAAUAGAAGUCUAUCUCUGUCCCAAAGAGCGGCCUCCAUCACCUCAACCAUUAUCAGGUUUACUGCCCUCGGAUCCGCUGCUGGAAGACAAUAAGGCGUUGUUAGCGCCUCUCAUAGCCAAGCUGCAGUCCAUGCCCUCCAGUUCCAUCACUGCUGCAUUCACGACCCCCGUAAAGCGCGAGCCCAUGGAGGCGGAGCGGCUGGUGGUGCGGUCGCCGUGUGUCACGGACCCCACGAUGCCGCUGCCCGCCGCUGUAGCCGCCGCCGCCCCGCCCGCCCCGGCCACGCCCAACCCCGCGCCAGCGCUGCCCCCGCCACCCCCGCCAUCCCUGCCCCACCUGUCUACGCCCGACAGUGGCAGCGCCCGGGGCCGUCUGCGCAACGCGCUGAUAGCCGACAGCGACGACUUCGCGCCCAUCAUGGGCGGCGGCCGAUUUCAGCUGCAGACGGAGGACCAGGAGGCCGAGCCGCUGGAGUUGGAGCCGUUUCUGGCGCUGGAGCCGCCGAUGUCCGCCACCGACUACGGCUUCUGCCUCGACCACGACGAGGGUCUGUCCGAGCUGUUCGACUUCGACUUCUAGUGUCGCGCCGCUGUGUGCGUACGCUGUAUUUGUGACGCGCUACUGCGAACGUACGCGCUGCUGGUGUGCGUCGUGCGUCUACGUGUGCGUACGCACGCCGCUGUGUGCGUGCGGGCUUCUCGCGUGCGUCUACGUGUGCGUGUUGGUGACGCGCCGCAGCAAGGAGUCUGGGUUGCAAUGUGCUAAUGCAUCGUCGUACAGAUGUGCGGAACGUGCGCGCUAGUAACAUAGGUCGGUAUCGUUUAUGGUACGCGACCGCAGAAUAAACUCAUUUUUUAAAAUUCGAACAGUGACUUUACACUAGGUCUAACCCUGUAAAGUUUAUGCACAAAGACUACGUUAUUAAAUGUGAAAGUUAAUUUACGUUAGUGCAUUUCAUUCACUUUUCGUUGUUUUCAUAGCGAUGCAACAGUGUGAAAGAGACUGCAUAUCAAAUUGUACCAUGUAUUUUGUUGUUUAAUAGUCGUAAAACGUGGGGCGAACGUUAAUGAGUUGUAUGGUAAAUCAAAGGUGUUUUCCGUUUGAUAACAGUAGGGUAACGAUGAGGUUAGUAGAAAGUGCGCUCGCAGGGUGCGGGUCGUUGUAUAUAGUAUAUAGUAUCGCUCAAAUCACUGGAGGCUGGAUGCGGGCCCGCUCUGUACAUAUUAAUUUAUAAUGAACGGUGAUAUCUUAGCGGCCUUCGAUUAUACUUGUAAAGAUAGUUUUAGCCCAG